AGACCGCGGUAGGGGUGGCAGGGAGAGUAAGGGAUAAGGUGGAGUGGAAAGCAGGAUCAAGUUGCGCCUGCGCAGUGAGAGAACCUGGUUGCUAAACCCGGUAGGUGGGAAUUUCUUGGGACGGGCGGAAGAACUCACCAAUAGAACUCCGGUAAUUGCAACCCACGGGACCAAUGAAAAGAGAGCAGAAGGGGAAGGGGCCGAAGGAAAGCGAGACAGACGGAAAAGCCUACCGGAACUCCUCCCAUUUCUCUGGGUCCACCCAAGAGGCCCGCCUAAGAGGCCGGACUUAGCUAGACAGGUUGUUAAUUGAACCAAUAGAAAUCUUGUAUGACGCACUCCUUCGCCAAUAAAAAACAAGUUCGAUGGAGGCAGGGUUUUUCCGGAUGGGCGGCCGCGGCGGCCAAUGACACUCUGGAAGCUCGCUCUCUUCAGCCAAUGAGCAGCGGGAGGACGGCACUGAGGGGCGGGGCUCCGUCAGCGGCAGUUGAACGACAGAAGAGGAGGCGGGUGACGCUGGGUCUCGGAGUGUCGUUGGGUAGGUUCAACAUGGAUCAGCCAGCAGGGCUGCAGGUGGACUACACCUUCCGGGGGGUGGAGCACGUGGUCCGCUUGGCUGUCAGCGGGGAGGUUUUGGAGCUGGAAGUGGAGGACAGAAUGACCACUGACCAGUGGCGUGGCGAGUUUGAUGCUGCCUUCAUUGAAGACCUGACCCACAAGACUGGCAACUUCAAACAGUUCAGCAUCUUUUGCAGCAUGCUGGAGUCAGCCCUCACGCAGAGCAGUGAGUCUGUUACCCUGGACCUGCUGACCUACACGGACCUCGAAGCCCUUCGGAAUCGUAAGGUGGGGCCGCGGCCUGGCCCCUCGGUCCCCCGCUCCGCCCAGCUCAACUCCAAGCGUUACCUGAUCCUGAUCUACUCAGUUGAGUUUGACAGGAUCCACUACCCGCUGCCCCUCCCAUACCAGGGCAAGCCCGACCCCGUGGUCCUGCAGGGCAUCAUUCGGUCCCUGAAGGAGGAGCUGGCGGAGCUUCGGUCCCGCGAUGGGCGGGAUGCUGAAAUACGCCACCUCCGGGAGCAGUGAGCUGACCGGGCGGUAAGCGAGAAGAGAGAGCUGGAGGUGGCCCUGGGCCGGGCACGGGAAGAGGCCGGCGGCCGAGCCACGACUCACCGGGAGGUGGCCGUUCUCAAGGCCAUGGUGGCCAGCCUGGAAGAAGAGCUACGGAGGGAACGGGGUCAGCACCACCGGGCUGCGACGGAGGGGCCAGAGUGCCGCAGACUUACCCAGGAGCUGGAAGAGGUGAAGUCGUCGGAGCGGAGCCUCCGGGCCAGGCUGAAGUACCUGUCCAGUGAGCUGGCCCAGUACAAGCAGGGGAGGCGGAUCCCAUCUUCAGGACGGUCCCCCCAGCCCCGCAAGGACCAGCGGCGAACAGCGUCUCAGGAGAGGAACCCGUCCUGGGGCCGAGGGCCCGCCCGAUCCUCAUCUCAGGAGAGCAACCGAGGCCGGGGCCCGGCCCGGCCCUCGCCCUCCCCGACAGGCAUCCGGCCGCGCUUCGACCCUACAGCCUUUGUCAAGGCCAAAGAGCGGAAGCAGAGGGAGCUCAAGCUCAAGAGCCAGCAAAGGAAUCGGCUGGGAAGCGGGGAAGGCUCGGGGAGCUGGGGUCGAGCCCGGGGCCGGGGCCCAUGCACAAUAUCGAGAGAGGACGGGGCCCCCAGGGGCCGGACACGAAGCUCCUCUGUGGAGAGUUUUAGGAGUCGCCACUCAUCGCUGAGCUCGGCCAGUGAAUUUGAGGACUUCACCAAGCCGCCACCUUCUCGAGGCCUUCGGAGGCAGCCCUGCGCUCGGAAGCCCCUGAGCCCGUCCUCCUGGAAUGGCUCUGGAGAGAUCCCUGGGCUGGCCAGUGGCCACCGAAGACGCCAGGCCAGCAGCACCCCUACCCCGAGGGGCCAGAACUUUGGCAAAGGUGAACUCCUGGGAGGGCCGCCUCUUGACCUGUCAGAGAUUGAUGCCCGCCUGCAGGCCCUGCAGGAGUACAUGAACAGGCUGGAUACAAGGACGUGACAUGUUUCCCCAAGGGCCUGGGCCCGGUUCCCUUCUUGCCCUUCACUCUCCCCCCUCCUUCCCCCGACCAUGCCAGAGCUCCUGAGGCUCAGCCCUGGUGGCCGGGGCGCCUGAGGGCGGAGGAGGCUGGUGAGGAUGUAAAUAAAGGGUUUUGGUCAGCUUUC